UGCCGGGGCCGGGGCAGCGCCGUGUGCGGGGCCGGGAUCGCCCCGGGCUGGAGCGGGGCCUGGAGCGCGGCCUGGAGCGGGGGCCGGACAGGGCAAGAACUGCAUCACAGCUUUUCCUGCUGAACCUGACCAGUGUCAAUGAUGGCAAGACUCAUAAGUGCUGCACCAUAUACCCUUUGGAUCUUUUUCUUUUCGUAUACAACAAAUGAAGUUAUGACUGCAGGACACAUACAGGAAUUUGCAUGUUUCACUGACUUUGACAAAGAGCUGGUUUGUCACUGGAAGGUGCCAGCACAAACUAACUGUUCCAAAGAAUUCCUGCUCUGCUACAGCAAGGACGUUUCUUCUGUGUCAAACGUGUGUGUUCCUGAGAAUGGAAAAGACGCUUUAAGGUGCAUUUGCACAAUAUGUCCAGAUUAUUUUGUAUCAGGCCUCACAUAUGUUUUAGCUCUACAGUUCAAUGGGACUGAUAUAUGGAACUACAAUGUUACACCAGCCCUUGUUGUUAAGCCGAGGGCCCCCAAAAAACUUACCGUUCAGAAGUCUGAAAAUGGUAAUUUCAAUCUGAGCUGGGAGGAGAGCUACUCUCCUCCAUCCACACUCUCUGGACAGCCAGUCAUCUAUGAACUGAAAUACUGGAGGAAGCAGCACCCGAUGGAGGUUUCUGUAAAAGCAAUUAACUACCAGGCAAAAAGCUUUGAGAUUACUGCAAGCUCCUUGAGGAGGGGCUAUGAUUACGUUGCAAGUCUCAGGUGUAACUACACAGACUACCCGGCCUACUGGAGUGAAUGGAGUGAAGAAGUUGAAUUUCACAAUGAUUAUCAAGUGACAGCUGAAGACAUUCUGCAGAUGGCUGUGCCCAUAUCCUGCAUACUGAUCAUGGCAGGAUCUGUCAUUUGCUACUUCUGUUUUACAAAAGUGAAGAAAGAAUGGUGGGAUGAAAUCCCAAAUCCGGCAAAGAGCCAUUUGGUUGUAAAAAAUGUCAAGUUUUCAGUUUUCUGCUACUUCGAUGAAAUUAAGUUCCCUUUCCAUGACUUAAAGCAGAGUCAUAUGGAAAAGCAAAUAAGUUGCAAGAACUGUCUGGCUCAAAGUUUGUCAAGCCAAAACUUCAAGGAAAAAGAUAACAUCAGAAAUGUUGAGAAAUCUUGCAGCUGCCACAGCAAGUGUGGAGAGUGGUUGCCAAAAGGCAGCAGUGCAGUUUUAACCCCUGAUACAACUCCAUUUGAAGACAUUAUUGAAAUCUGUGAAUGUUUAACAGACAGUGAGACUGGGAGCCAGGAAGAGACUGGCAACCAGAUCACCGUGUUUGAGCCUUGUGAGAGCAGCAUUGGUGCUUUCAGAGAGCACAAUGAGGCACUAGCUAACAUGUUUGAUGCACUCCUGGCAGAUGAAAAUAACAUGCAAGACAAUAAAGACCCAGACAUCCUCACAGGUGAGAGGAAAACAUUCAAGAAACUUGAGUUGGAAAAUCCACCACAGCGAAAUCCAAAAGAAAGCACAGCCCAGAGUCAGCGGCCAUGUGAUAUUUCUCAUACAGCCUCUCUUUUCACCAAAGCCUCUCAAGAUGACUACAAUUGUAGUACAUCCAGCAAGGAGUCAGAACUGUCAGAAGAAUCCUUUGAAUCUGGCUAUCAGAGCUCCAGCAUAAAUUCUGCUUCUCUGGAUGCUAGAGAUCUUCAACAAAUGGUUCAUCAAAACCUUUUUCUACACAGUUCAGAAAGUGAGCAGGACUCUUGUGUCCCAAUCCAGGAAUCUACAAAUAAACCGUUCUUUGGGACCAAAACAGACAGAAUAAACAACCCUGCAAACAAGAGUUUUGAUACCCUUGUGUCUGCACCCGUGGGGUUGUGUGGUUCUGCAUAUAAGAGCUUUGACUCCCUUAUGUCUCCAUCUGUGGAGCCCUGUAGUUCUGCCUACAAGAGCUGUGACACCCUUUCGUCGCCAUCCCUGGAGCCCUGUGGCUCUGCCUACAGGAGCUUCAGUGCCCUCAUGUCCCAGUCCAUGGCCAACAGUAGCCUGACUCUGUGCUCUGAAGGUGCAUGUUCCUCACAGCCUCCAAGACAAUUGUCAGAGACACCAGAAGGCAGCUGUAGAGAUCAAAUUGCUCAGCCCGCUGACAGUGGGACAUGUCAUGUCAACUACAGAUCUCCCUACACUGAGCUUGACUUUCCAAACACCUGUUCAGAGCAUACUGAUUUUCCAUCUUUCUCCACGCAUGCAAAUGAAGGUGCUUCAGCUUUCCUAUCAGAGGAAGAAAUACAUAAUCAAGUAAUAUAUCGAAAUUUUCCAAAGAAAACCAGUAUAAUUUCUUGCCCUAUUGCACCUCAGCCAUCAGGUUAUCAGCCUUUUGAUAGUGCAGGUAAAUGUAAUGGUCCAUACUGUGACAGUGAGGUUAUCUCAUUACAGGAAUCCUUCAUUGGUCUGUGCAACAAUCUCAAAGAAACACCUCCAGAUACUGCAAUCUGUGAACUUGACCUGAGGACAAAGGACUGUGUGUGUUUGACUGUUCAGAGUCCUGGUUGCAGCAUUGUCCCAGGUUUAGCCUCUGGUGAGAAUGACACACAGACCAGUAAUGGCAGCCCUGGGAUCGAUAACUCUUAUGAGCUGUCUAGUGAUAGCAAUGACGAAAAUAUCAGCAGAGAGGAACAGCUGUUGCAUUUGUUAGAGCUGAACUGUCGAGAUUUAAACAGCAGAGAAAGAACUACACAGGGAACAAAACAGAACAGCUUUAACCCUACUGGCAAAGUAAUGCAAGAGAGCAGCAACAACAAACUGAAUACUGACUGCCACUGCCACCCACACAACCACUUGAGGGAACUUGGAGCUGCAGGGGGAAGUGAAGAGAUGCUGAAGCAUGUAGAAGGGAAGGGGAGUGGCUCAGCAGCCGGCUUACCAGCAUCACUGGACAGCAUUAGAAUGAACUUAGGCAGAAAAACUGCAGGGCCCCUGGAGCUCCACAUCUCAGACAAGCUGUCGCUUUGUUGUCUUGUGAAUAACUCCAGUCCUUCUGAUUCUCACACCAUUCACAGUGAGGACUCCAGACUGGCACUUGCAGUUAAAGAAAGACCAACAGAACUGUUAAGGGAAAACAGCAAGAAGAAUGGGAAAAAAAUGAAAUUUGCGCAAGCCCUUGCCCAAGAGGACAACAGCUAUAUGGAGGUAGCUUAGUCACAUUUGCCAGGACCGAGCAAGCCUUUGGAAAUAAACUGUAUGGCAAAUUGAAAUGUUGCUUGUUAUUGCAAUCUUGACUGAAAUGAGGGCUGCUACUGUUCACACAUCUCUCAGGGGGUUGUAGCACCAGUGUCUGCCCAGGACUGGCAGCCAGGAGGUGGUGCAGGCCCCUGGGGACAGGUGGGGGUGGCACCCAGCAGCUCUGCUGGGGCAAAGCCAGAGCUGAAGUGUCUCCAGCUGUGAGUGAUCUCUGAAAGGGAGCAACAGCUGCAGGAAGCAGAAGUUCUUAGUACAGUUCCUGUGGUUAUUGCCCUGGUUGUGUGUUGCUUGGGAAGCACACAAAGGUGAUGUGGAAGGUGCUGACACACGUGGAAGUGGGACAUAGGUGCAGGUCAAAGGGGAGGUGACUGACUUAGCACACAGCUUCCAUAACUUAUUUCUUUUGGGGUAGGGGGUGUUGUCCUGUGUGCCUAGCCCUAGCAUGGGGUGUAUGUUUCCAUGCCCGCUCAAUCAAGACAUGAAAUACAGAUUACUGUCAUUUGGGCUUACACAGUGCUAUUAUUGGUCAUUAGUUUCUUACUCUGUAAAAGCAAGCAGAAUUACUUCAUACUUCUGCAGCUGUAAAUGGCAUCAGACAUUUCUAAGCAGUGUUUUCCCAGAAAGCUUAUCUAAUGUGUGGUCCAACACCGUACCUUCAUGGAACAUUUUUUUGGCUUCUUGUUCUUGUCCAGUUGGAAUGGGAAUUAUGCACGCAGCUUAAAGGCUGUAUAUACUUCUUGUUAGAUAAUUAUUCAAGAAAUUUUACUGACAACUCCGAACUUCUCUACAGUGUUAUCAUAUAUUUUGAUAUGGUAAAUUCCACCCUAGUAUGCUGGCAGUGGUACAAAACAGUUAAGAACCAUCAAGUAAUAUUUUGUGUAUUAGAAUGUAUACAUGUAUUCUCCUUUAGAAAACCCUAUUUGUAUUCCCAUUCGAAAGGAAGGAAACCAUAAUGCUAAGCACAGCAACUGGUUUUAACAUAUUUUGUAAGUAACAUUUUUGUACUGUAAAUCUCUCUUCCGAGUUGGCCAAGUAGUGGAGGUAACUUCGUCAAUUUUACAACACUGAAAAAAGGGUAUGUAAGCCCAGGAAGGAGACUUGCAGUGUAUCUGUAUUUAGAUGAGAUAGUUAAUAUUUAUACAGGCAUUGGGUUGUAGCUCACUUUCACCAUGGUGGUGGUUAGUGGAAGAUCUUGCUUGUAGCUAAGGUGCUGAUGAACAUGUUAUUUAUUUGUUUUAACCAAAAAUGUCAGAUUAAAUUUUAUUUUCACUCAG